AUGGUUUCAUAUCACCUGCUUCUGCUGGCAAAGGACGAAACAGGAUUAGAAAGGGCACUGGGAAGCUCCAUUUAUGCUAUAGGAACUUAUUCAAGCUCUGACCUGGCAUCGUACAUCGAAAAGAAAUCAACUGCCAGUAUGUAUACAGAUCUUUGCAUGACAUACUCUACAAUCGUGUCGUCCAUGUUAAAUGACAACUAUAUGUAUACUCAGUUACACGUAGAUAUUACGGAAAUGAGACGAGAGAUUGUUGAAAAUAACAUGACAGUGCUGUCUUCUCUGGGAUGGUUUGCUAACAUGACGUCGUAUAUCAACAUACUGAAGGACAUUCAGGACACGCUUGGAUCGAGCAUUCUUUCAGCCCUAGAGAUGGAACUAAAAGAAAAUAACACUGCUUACAACCUAAGCAUUGGGCUUAUGGUAGGAGCUGUGUUUCUGUAUCCUAUUAUCUUGGCAGUGGUCUUCAAACUCACGUACCAGAUCCAGCAAGUGGCUAUGUCUCUGAAGGCCCAAACAUCACUUCUAUCAAAAGAGAGAAAGAGAAGCGAGACUCUUCUUUGUGAGAUGCUCCCAGCCUCCGUAGCAAGGAAGCUGAUGGUAAAUGAGAAGGUUGAACCACAGAUGUACAAAUGCGCGACUGUGUUCUUUUCGGACGUCGUCGGCUUCACGACCAUCUGUUCAGGGUGUACGCCAUUUGAGGGGGUCGACUUUCUUAACCUGCUGUACAACACCUUUGACUCCCAAUUGGAGGAGCAUGACGUCUACAAAGUAGAGACCAUAGGUAAAUAUGACAAGCUUUUUAUGGAUACUUAA